AGUCAAUUUUCUUGCUCAAAAAUUAAGAAAAAACCUUCAAACGCCGUGAAAAAUGAUUCGCAAGGUAAUUCUUGGGAUCAGCGGAGGCGUCGACAGUGCUGUCUCAGCGUAUUUACUCAAAUCCAAGGGAUUUCAAGUGCAGGCAGUUUUCCUCAAGAACUGGAACGAAAUUGACGAAACCGGAAAAUGUUCGGGAGAAGCAGAUUUCGCGGAUGCUGAAUACGUUUGUGACUACUUGGGCAUCCCGUUGCAUCAAAUGAACUUCGAGAAGCAUUAUUGGAAUCAAGUUUUCGAGAAUUUCUUAAACGAUUAUUCGGAAGGAUUAACUCCGAAUCCCGACAUUCUUUGCAACAAAAACAUCAAAUUCAAUCUUUUCUUCAAACAAGCCGUCGAAAAAUUUCGCGGAGAUGCUUUUGCGACGGGACAUUACGCGAGAACGAGUUUCGGGAGUUUUUUGGAGAAAUUUGAACCGAACAAAAAAGUCAAAUUACUUCAAGCUGUCGACAGUUUUAAAGAUCAAACUUUUUUCCUGUCACAAAUCAGUCAAGAAGCUCUGCGAAGAACAAUGUUUCCCGUUGGCAACCUCCAAAAGUCACAAGUGAAAGAAAUUGCUUCACAACUCGGCUGGAAACGAAUUCUCGAGAAAAGGGAAAGUGUCGGCGUUUGUUUCGUGGGACGACGAAAUUUUCAAGACUUUAUUGCGGAGUACAUUGACGAUCAACCCGGCAAUUUUGUGGAUUUUGAUACGGGAGUAACGGUUGGCACGCAUCGCGGCAUUCAUCAUUGGACUUUGGGGCAAGGUUGUAACUUGGGCGGGUUUAAAAAACCCUAUUUUGUACAUUCGAAAGACAAAUUGACGAACAGAAUUUACGUCGUCGCAGGAACAGAUCAUAAAACGUUGAAAGCUGACACAAUUUUCACCUCAGAAGCAAUUUGGAUCAACAAACCAGAGUUCAGGGGAAAUAUUUUUAAAUGUAAAUUCAGGUUUCAACACACAAAACCCCUCACGAAUUGCAUAAUUUAUCAACUUUCCGAUGGAAAAUUGUUUGUGAAGCUCGAAAAGGCUUUGAGGGCCAUCACGCCAGGACAAUAUGCUGUAUUUUAUACGGAUGAUGAGUGUUUGGGAAGUGCCCGAAUAAGGAGACCCCUUCAAAUGUUCAGGCAAGAAGAAGUUUUAGAAAAUGACGAAAUGAAACGUGAAAGUAGUUGACAUUAA